AUGCUCUGGAACAAUAAGUUCGAGCUGGCGGAAUCAACUUUGAAGAAGAAGGCAUCAAGUCAUCCAAGAUAUUCAUUACAUCAUGCUGAGACUAUAUUCUUGCGAUCAUUCAUUACGGCCGAUGUCAACGACACUGAACAGGCAUUGGCCAGAUUAAAGGAUACAAGAGAGAUGGCCGAGACCUAUAUCAAAUACCUGGACUCCAACAAACUUCCACCAUCCAGCAACCUCAUACUAAAGUCCAAAGAGGACUUCAAGAAUAGUCUCCUGGAUUGCAAGAUCGUACUUGGAGACUCGUUAUACAUGAUUGCCGUCCUCCAAUUGACCAGGGACUACAAGUUCAAGGGUUGCUUCAAUAUGAGGAGGAGUUGGAAGACGUUUGAGGAUGCCUUGUCACAGGUGAAGGAUGGCCAUAAGUAUAAUGAGCAGUUGUUGGAGUGUCUACACUUUGGCGUCGGCUUCUUCCUCUAUGCAAUGUCAAUCAUACCGCAGAAGUUCUUGCGUCUGGUUGAGUUUGUUGGAUUCAAAGCGGACCGCGAGCAAGGCAUGCAAUACAUCAAACAUUGUGGUACAAAUGGAGGCAUCCGAGCACCGUUUGCCAACAUGGUCCUAUUGUUCAACAACCUACUGUUGCCUCGUGGCCUCUACAAUCCUACCAAGCAUCUUCGCGAAGCCGAGCUCGUGAUCCAGGAUAACAUGAAGCGAUAUCCCGAGGGAUCAUUGUUCCAGGUGAUGGCCAGCCACUGUUACCGCAAACAAUGCCGUAUCGAGGAGGGGCUGGCAUGCAUGGUCAAGGCCUUGGACAACUGCGCCACCUUCCAGCGUCCGCCAUUGAUCUACUCAUAUGAGUUGGCCAACUGCUACGUCAUCAUGCUGGAUUGGCCCAAGGCCAUCGAGGUGUUUGAGCGCCUUGUCAAGGAGGAGUCAUUCCAGAUCCGUGCGCUCUGUGGCCUGCAACUGGCCAGUUGCUACUUUGCCUGCGGCCUACGUAGCAAGGGCGAGGAAGCACUGUCCAAAGUGAAAUCCUUUGCCAAGAGGUCGAGCAGCGUCGAGCCAAUAUGUGUGCGUCAAGCCGCACGCUAUGCCCAGAAUGGCGGCUACUUCUCAGCCUUUGAGAUCAUGUACAUACGUCGAGACCUCGCCAAGAUGGAGAAAGGCAAUGCAGAGCGGGUGCUAGAAGCCCUACAGCAGACGGCGUCCAAGUUGAGCGUCCUCAACCCGAUACCAAUCCCCACCACUGCCAGCAGCAGUGGCAACAGCUUCUUUAGCAAGGCAUGGUCGUUUGGCCAGUCCAAGAAGGGCAGCGAGGCCACGCUCAGCACAUGUGGAAGCACAAGCGAGAUGCUGAACGAUCGUAUUGCCUACAUGAUGAUGCGUGGCGCCACGCUCAAGAGCAUGGACAGGAUCGACGAGGCGCUGACCUGCUUUGAGGAGGUGGUCAAGCUACAUCCACACGCGAUUGAGAAGUUCUACUAUCCCUACUGUCUGUACGAGAUGAGUGAGAGCCACUUCCAUCGCAAGAAUCACGAGCAGACACUCGAGUACCUAAAGCGAUGCAAUGCCAUCAGUGGCUACGACUGGGAAGAUCCACUCAAGAUCCGUCUCCGAGUGACCAUGGACCAAAUCAAGAAGGAUGGUGCAAGUGUCGGAGAUGACUGGGGUGAGGAAGAUCUUCAAUCAGAUUCCAGAUCAACUCAAUAA